UGUUUUUUAGCUGCACUAGUGUUGGAUGGCCGAAGUAUAGCGUGUAACUAUGUCUGAAUUUACUUGACUUUUCAAAACCGUAGCUAUCCUGUGGUGGUAGUAUCAAAAAUUACACGCGUAGUUGUGAGUCAUUAGAGAGUAAAAACAAUUAUUGAUAAUUCGAAGCACCUCCACUAUGGAUUACGAGGAGGGAAAAAGUGGCUCCGAUGAUGAACUGAAUAGAUUCGCGUCAUACUCACAAACAUCCAGAUCCCUGUCCAGAUCUCGCUCUCCAUCAAGAUCCGCAUCGCGUCAAUCGCAAACGUCUGAUAGGUCUGCUAGCCCCAAUAGAUCAAUCAGGAGUAGAUCCAGAUCCAAAUCCAGCAGCCGGAAAAGUUCUCCUAACAAGUCUAAUCAGGCUUCACCUACACGUUCACAGUCAGCAUCAUCUGUUCCGGCACAGUCAACAGCCAGUUCCAGGAAAUCUAGGUCUCGCUCUAGAUCACAAACACCAUUUUGUGAUGGAUCGAUAUCUCCUGCAUCUCCCAAGGCAGAUCUGCGUAGUCAGUCUCGAUCUCGGUCACCAUCUGCUUCAAGAAAAAGUGUUUCUCGCUCACGGUCCAGAAGCAUGUCAGUGGAAGCUGUGGUUGAGAAUGAUAAAUCUGAAGUUGACCUGAAAACUGGUUUCCAAUCACCGACUGAUUCUAGAAUAAGUUCGCAGUCACCAUCUGGUUCAAGAAAAGGUUCAAGAUCAUCGGUUGGAUCUAGGAGAGAUUCCAGAUCCCGUUCUGGGUCCAGAAGAGGUUCUAGAUCACCUUCGGGCUCUAGGAAGGGUUCCAGAUCUCGCUCAGUCUCAAGAAAAGGGUCCAGAUCUCGUUCGGGCUCAAGGAAAGGGUCCAGAUCCCCUUCAGUUUCUAGACUAGGGUCGAGAUCUUUUUCAGGUUCCAGAAAAGGGUCAACCUCUCCAUCUGGUUCCAGAAGAGGUUCCAGGUCUCCAUCUGGUUCGAGGAGAGGAUCGAGGUCUCCAUCCGGUUCGAGAAGAGACUCGCCAAUACUUUCAACAAAAUCACGAUCUAGAUCCAAAUCAGCUUCUCCAAAAAUUUAUUCACCUAGAACUACCGCAAGAUCUCGUUCAAAGUCUGAAUCCAGUAAGGGUUCUAGAAGCAGGUCGAGAUCGGGAAACAACAAAGGAGUUUCACGAUCAAGAUCAAGAUCAAGAUCCAAGUCACCAUUAGAAUCAAGAAGAGGUUCUCGGUCACCAUCUCAAUCUAGAAAAGGCUCCCCUAUAGCUAUUAGACAAUCACGAUCUCGCUCCAAGUCUGGAUCGAGAAAAUCUGUUUCACCCUCUGGGUCAAGGAAGGGUUCUGUUUCCGGUUCAAGGAGAGGCUCUCACUCUCGAUCACGAUCACUCUCUGUUGAUAGAAAAGCUGCCUCACGUUCAAAGUCGAGAUCUAUUUCUGGAUCCAGAAAAGCUUCAGUAUCGCCCGCGGGUUCACGAAAGCGAUCUCCACCAAGUUUGACCAGAGACUUAUCAUUAUCAAAUAAAAAAGCAGCUUCUCGCUCAAGAUCAAGGUCUCCUUCUGGCUCUAGGAAAGCUUCCCAAUCUCCCGCUGUAUCUGAGAAGGGUUCUUUUCGUUCAAGAUCUGGAUCCAGAAAAGGAUCUCGUUCCAGAUCACCUUCUGGAUCAAGAAAAUCGGCCUCUAGGUCUAGAUCAAACUCACCAAAGUCUGUUGGGUCACCAGUUCCUUCUCGUAAAGGUUCUCGCUCAAGAUCAAGAAGUGGUUCAGAUAGAGCAGCAUCUAGAUCCAGGUCAGGGUCCAGGAAAUCAGGAUCCAGAUCACGUUCGGGAUCUAGAAAAUCGAGGUCCAGAUCACGUUCAGGCUCUAGAAGGUCAGACUCAAGGUCAGCAUCAGGAUCAAGAAAAUCAGUAUCAAGAUCAAGAUCUCGGUCAGGAUCAAGAACAUCACGUUCACGAUUAAGAUCGAGAUCAGGCUCGAGAGCAGGAUCAAACUCGAGAUCACGGUCUAGAUCAAAAUCCAGAAGGUCUAGAAGCCGUAGUCGAGAUUCUGAGGGUGCUGUCAAAAAUCGAAAUAGAUUACUAUCGGACUCAGAAGAUGAAGAUAGUGAGGUCAAGACUAAGAAAAGAACUAAACAUCAGUUAUCAGAUUCUGAAAAUGAGGAAGAGGAUGGUCUUUCUAAGAAGAAGGCUAAGGGUUCAGAUGAUGAGGCAGAACCUCUGGAGAAAGCUGAAGACCAAGAAGGCGCAGAGGGAAAAUCGAAUGAAGAAGAGACGCCAGCAUCUCAGGAUCCUGAAGAAAAUGAGGAUUCUGAUGAAGGUGUUCGUCCCGGUGGUGGAGAAUACAUAGACGACUCAAUGUCAGAUUUCGACCGAAUGCUGGCGCGUAAAAAAGAGGAACAAACUCGGCGUCGUAAGCGGAAAGACAUUACAAUAAUUAAUGACAAUGACGAUAUCAUCGCUCAGCUAUUAACAGACAUGAAAAAUGCAUCUGAAGAGGACAGGAGGUUUAAUCAGCAGAAUAAACCUGCAACCAACAAAAUUGCAAUGUUACCUAAAGUUUUGUCUCAAUUGAAGAAGCAUGAUCUCCAAUUAGCGUUUCUGGAACACAAUGUACUCAAUAUUCUCACAGAUUGGCUAGCCCCCAUGCCUGACCGGUCUCUUCCAUCUUUGAGGAUUAGAGAAAGUAUACUAAGGCUGUUGUGGGAGUUUCCGCGAAUAGAUCAAUCAUCGUUGAAACAUUCAGGCAUUGGAAAGGCUGUGAUGUAUUUGUAUAAGCACCCUAGAGAAACAAAAGAAAAUAAGGAGCGUGCCGGGAAGUUAAUCAAUGAAUGGGCACGUCCAAUCUUCAAUCUGUCUGCAGAUUUCAAAGCAAUGUCUAGAGAGGAAAGAUUGCAAAGGGAUAUGGAACAGACGCCGCAAAAAAGGCGGAAAAACGACGAUGGCGAAUCUUCACAAAAAUCACAAGAUAUUAACAAAGCCCUCAAGGGUGAUGCAAAACCGUUGAGGCCUGGUGAUCCUGGUUGGAUUGGGAGAGCUCGAGUUCCUAUUCCUUCAAACAAAGAUUACGUCGUACGUCCUGAUUGGAAAUCAGAUAUUGACAUUAGCCGAACUUCUAAGAAACAGAUGAAUCGUUUUGAACGACACAUGAAAAAUUACAUCGAUGGCAAGAGAUUGAAAAAAGCACGUAGAGCUGUAGAUAUAUCCAUUGAAGGACGUAAAAUGUCUUUAUGAAACCGUAACUUGAAACCUCACCUCAUCAUUAAUACAAGUGAUGCAUUUGUUGUAAUGUUGAAAAAUUGAAAAAUAAAAAAUUAAUAAACAAAAUAAAGUAAAUGCAUGAGGAGCAGAAAUCGAUCACAGCAGAUGCGUACUUAUACUUGAGAAUAUAAUAGCUACCGACGAUUCAGUAAUUAUUACACUUUUACUAAAUUCAUUGAAUGUUAGAAAAGUUAUUCAAAAGUUUCAUUGUUUUUUUUUUUUUGAAUCAAAGGUAUCCUUCUGAAUAACGUCUGAAUUCAAGAAGGAAGAAUGCCACUUUUUCUUGUCAAUUACUGCAAAAGUGGAAUAUACGUGGAAACACACCAUGUUUAGUUGGAAAUUAGAGUCUGAGAACUUUGGUGUUUUUUAUCAUCAUUUCAAAUUGAAUCCCAAGUAUUUGGUAAACCCUAUGUUGACCAUGCAUUAAUUAAUUGACAUUAUAGAAACUGUAAAAGUGAGGCGGAAUUAGGAUUUUCGAAGUGACUUCAAGACCAAAAUUCAUUUCAGAGCAAUGUGCAAAGUUUUCUCCGUGAUGGAAGUGUAUUGUGAUCAAAUAUUUAUCCAAUAAUCAUACUUGAACCAAGU